UCUAUGUUCGAUCGAGCCUGUGUCCGAUCGGGACUGUGUUCGAUCGGGUCUGUGUCCGAUCUAUAAUGUGCGCAAUCGAGACUUUCUCAAAAUUUCAACUUUAAUGUGCUAUCGUUGAUUAUACAAAAUUUUAUUAUUUUCUCAUUUUUUAAAAAUGCGGGUUUAGCUUUAAACUCAUGUAAUUCGGUCAAAAAAAUUAAUGGAAAAUUUUUAGAAAAGCAUUUUGUAGGCAAGUUAUUGUAAUUUAUGGAACUUGAGUUGAUUUUUUUGAGAGAAUUUUUUUUAUCGAGCCGCAGAAUAUUAAAGAUACAUAAUUUUAAGGAAAACAAUGAGUUCUUUUUUAAACAUAAAACAAGUAAGAUAAAAAAAUUAAAAGAAAUCAUCAGUAGUGUGUUAAAGUUAAAAUUUCAAGCUUUAAAAUGCAUUUUUAAUUUUGUGUCUAUGAUGAUUUUUUGUCGAGUUUCAGUGAUUUGAAAACAGCUCUAUUUUUAGGGCUAUAAAAAGUGUUCUCUAUUUUCUUUCAAAUAAUGUAUAUUGUAGGCAGUAAUUUUUGUUUUUGCUUUUUUUUAAACAUAUUUAACAGUAUAAUCUCUGAAUGCAUUUUAAAUUAAGUAAGUUAAUUGAUAAAAGUAGUUUACAUAAUUAUAGUUUAGUAAUUAGUUUACAUAAUUUACUGAUUAAUCACUAAAAAGAGAUAGUCCGGAAACGCUUGAAUGGUUACAGAUUCGAAGGUAGUGAAAAAAUUUGCGAGCUGUGUCGAGAGAAAUUUCACUUCGUUACUAGAUUAGUCGCUCAUCUGAGAAUAGCGCACGGCAUUCAUCGACCCUUCAAAUGCGUCACCUGUGGCAAGAAUUAUCCUCAGCAAUUCAUGCUUAACGCCCAUGUAAAGAAAUCGCACAUGCUCAAAACGGUGCCGUGCAACGAUUGCAAUUUCAUAGGUGUCAACGCGACCGACGUGGAGAGGCACAGGAAACGACAUCAUCGAGCCUCGAAAUUCAUGUGCGAAAUUUGCAACGAAAAUUUCAUCGACAAAGAUGCUCUGAUCGUGCACACGUCGAUGCACAACUUUAUGCAGUAUCAACAAUGCAGCGCGUGUGGUAGCAUCUUUAAUAACGUGUAUAGUUUGAAGGAGCAUAAUCGUCUACAUCACUGCGAUUCUGCGAUCAUGUCGGAUGAAAGGAUCGAGGAAUCUAUCGAGAACGGAUUCGAACACAAAUGUGACGUUUGCGACAAGGUCUAUAAAUAUAAGUCGAUGCUGAAGCAGCACAAGAUCAAAGCCCAUGGGAAUCCGUUUUCCUACGAGAGACGUAGAUAUCUUUGCGCACAGUGUGGCAAAGAGCUGAAGACCGCGAAGGGUCUCGAAAUUCAUCACAGAUCGCACACAGGCGAAAAGCCGUACACCUGCGAAGUGUGCGGCAAAUGUUUCGCUUGCGAGACUCUGCUGAGGACUCACAAAGUCAUUCAUACCGGAGAACGAAAGUAUUCGUGCGACCAAUGCGGCAAGUCUUUCACACAGAGGUCCACGUUGGUUGUUCACAAACGAUAUCAUACGGGCGAACGACCGUAUAUUUGUCCUCAAUGCAAUAAGGGUUUCAUCACACGAACUGUUCUUAAUACUCAUAUGAAAUCUUGUCGUUAGAAGACUUGUACUUAUGAGAUUGAUAAUCCUUGACGUAGAAAUCUAGACAACACAAACCUUUGAAUAACAUCAUAUGAAUAUUUAAAGGCGCGUUCUAAUAUUUCAAAGAUUUUUUUGCGUUGUCCAGGUGAGACUAAUAAAUAAAGGAUGAGUGGCGAAAGUCUUAAUCGAUCCCAGUUAUUUUUGUUAUAAAUUGAUAAUAUUAUUAAUAUAUUAAUAAAUGUAUAAAUUGUAUUGAAAUAUUUAUUUACAGCAAUAAAAGCAUGAUUUAGGCAUUUUUUAUUCUUCAUAAUUAUUUAAACAAGACUAUAUUAGUGGAAUAUUAUUGAUACAUGAAUAAAAAGAAAUUAUUUAAAUAAUGAUGUUCAAAUAAAUAAAAUAAUAUGUCUGUUUAAAUAAAACAUGAAACAGACAGUGCUAAAUCAUCUUAUGCUGUAAAUGGGACAAAUUUUGUUUAAAUUUAUUUUUUACUCAUUGUAAAAUCCAUUGUAUUAAUAUCAAUUUGACAUAUGUUGUGUCGUGCAGUCAUACACUAUAUGUGUAAAAAUCACUGGGGUACAUAAAUGCAUGCUUUAUGAAAAAACUGCAAUCGAAAGCUAAAAAAUAUGAUUUUUGACAGUCAACUCUAAAUUUUGGACAUAUUGUACUAUUAUCAAUUUUAUGUAUAUGUAUCUUACGUAAUCAUACAUUAUAUGUGAAAAAAAUGUGAUCAAAUGCUGAAAAAUUUGACUUUUCGUGAUUUUUGACGGUCAGAUUUAAAUUCAGAAUGUAUUUCUUAAUGAAUGAUAUCGAAAUAAAAAAAUAUUUUUAUAUUUCCUAAGACUCCAUAUCUUUUUUAUAUUUACUAAAAUAUAAAAGAAAAUCUUCUUCGCACAUUUAAGAAAGAGCGAUAUUUAGGGAACGAUUUAGAACCUUAUUUAUCCACCUAUCUUUCAUAUGUGAAUAAAUCUGAUAUACAAGGUGAGGCAUCUAAAACAGGCCACCCGAAUAACUCCCACAGUUUUGGAGAUAGGAGAAAAUAUUUGAAAUAAAAGUUGUAUGAUAUCAAGGGGGAAAUCUUGUGGAGGAAUAUUUACAAAAUAUUUUAUAGUUUAUGUAAAAUUAUAUCAAAAUAAAGUACGAAAUAUUUCGUGAAUUAUUUAUUUUUUAGCCAGCUUACCUUUAUCACUUUUUGUGCCAUAUAUUGCGAGGAAUCGAUUCGUAGAAAAAAAAUUAGGAUGGUUCUAUUAAAAAAAUGAAGAGGACUUUCAAAUCUCCUAAGCACCUCCACCUAAAAAAAAAUGUUUACUUCCACAAGAUUCUCCACAAGAUUUUCAUUUCAUUUCAUCACAUUUUCUCCUAUCUCCAAAAACUGUAAGUUAUUCGGGUGGCCUGUUUUAAAUGCCUCACCCUGUAUAUAAUUAAAAAUAUAGGAUAAUUUUUACCUCAAUGAUAGAUAAAUUUAUCUCUUGUGAUUUUAGUAACAUAAGUUUAUAACAUAAGACAGUCCGUGGCACUGAUAAUAUCCCAAGUAGAACACAAAAGUCAUAAUGAUAUCAUUAGGAUAUCAUCAUUUAUUUGUCUCUUAAAAGUUACUGAUAAUAAAUCAUGUAAAAAUGAUCUCAAAAUGAAAACAGAAAAGCAUUGUUAUGUCAAGAAUUUAUCAUAAAAUCAUCAUAAAAAGUGUAUUGAUUGAUCGUCGUAAUAAUUUUUUUUAAAUUGACUUCUACUUGAUGUCAUCAUGAUCUUAUUAUGAUUUUGUGUUCUA